AUGGGUUAUACUGAGCCUGUGUUGCUUGAUGAGACUGUCCCAUGUGGCCUUUUAUGUGGGCCAGAAGUUGUUGAACCAAGUGAAAAUACAUUAAAUAAAGAGGCUAGGGCAACAUCUACUGUUUCAGAGGAUAUAAAUAUUCAAGAAAGUGCUGCAAAUAACACAUUUCUGCCCGAAGAAAAUCUAGCUGAUGUUGGGGUUGCAGGUGAGAAUUUACAAGGGGCUGAAGAAACAACAAACAUAGAUGCUAGUUUGGCAUCAGAUCUGUCAAGUAGUGAGUCUGAAUUAGAUAACAUUUCUGAUGAAGAUGAUAGUGAUGUGAAUGAAGAGCUCACUUCAUUAAGUGAUGAUAGCACAGAUGAGUUAGAUGUUUUAGCUGAACGAGGUAUUGACUUACCUCCUAGAAGGAGAAUUAAAAAGGUAAGGUUUGACCCUAACUAUUACCUUGCUAUUUUUGAGCUUGGUAUGGUAUUUGAAAAUGCUGUAGAGUUUAGAAAAGCAGUAGCCUCAUAUGCUGUGGAGAACAAAGUGCAACUAACAAUUAGGCCUAAUAAAAAGGAUAGGGUUAGAGUUAAGUGUAAAGGAGCCAAGUGUAACUGGGAAUUGUAUGCAAGCAAUUAUGGAGAUUCAUGUGACUUUACUGUGAAGAAGUACCAUCCAGCUCAUAAGUGCAACACCAAAAAUAAGAACAAAUUAUGUACUUCUAAGUACAUUGCCAAUAAGUAUAAAGAUAAGAUUAUUUUCCAGCCAAAUAUUAAGUUGUGGGAGAUUCAGAAUUUGGUCAGGGAUAAGUUAGGUUUGUAUGUUGGAAGGACUGUUUGUUACAGGGCUAAGUGUAGGGUGAUAAGUCAAUUCAUGGGUGACUGGAGGAUGGAAUUUAACAGACUUGCUGAUUAUGCUGAUAUUAUUAAGCAAACAAAUCCUGGGAGUUCAUGCUGNCCAAAUAUUAAGUUGUGGGAGAUUCAGAAUUUGGUCAGGGAUAAGUUAGGUUUGUAUGUUGGAAGGACUGUUUGUUACAGGGCUAAGUGUAGGGUGAUAAGUCAAUUCAUGGGUGACUGGAGGAUGGACUGGAUCAGAAAAGAUAGUGAGACUAUUCCUUGCAAGAAUCUGUUUGUCUAUUUCUAUCUAUGUUUAGAUGCUUUGAAAAGAGGAUGGUUAGAAGGGUGCAAAAGGAUUAUAGGAUUUGAUGGCUAUUUUCUAAAGGGAAUCUGCAAGGAUUUACAGUUGGGAGAUGGUGUUGGCUUAGCUGUUAUGUCAAAUAUGCAAAAAGGACUAGUACCAACUAUAAGGGAAUUACUACCAAUGGCAGAACACAGAAUGUGUGUUAGACACAUUUGGUCUAAAUGGUUCAAGAACUGGAGAGGUGAAGAAAGGAGGAAACAAUUCUGGAGAUGUGCCAAAGCAUCUUAUGAAGUAAAAUUCAAGGAAGAACUGGAAGUAAUGAAUAAGCUUGGUUAUAAGAUAUGUGAAGACUUGUUGAAGUAUGAUAAAGAGUAUUGGUGUAGGGCAUACUUUAGAGAAGAUUCAAAGUGUGAUGUCAUUGAGAAUAACAUGUGUGAAAACUUCAAUUCUUGGAUAGUAGGUCCUAGGCACAAGUCUGUUAUAACUAUGUUGGAAGAAAUUAGACAUAAAAUCAUGAAUAGGACCAUUGAAAUGGGGAGGUUUGCUGAGACUUGGGUUACUGACAUUGCACCAAUGGCUAGGAUGAUACCGGAAGAGAACAAAGCCCUUUCUAGGAGGUGUAAGGUUAUGUGGAAUGCAGAACAUGGGUUUGAAGUUGAUGAAGAGAAAUGGACCCAAUGA